UGUGGCGGAGUGUUUUGCUGGAUCGAUAAUAUAAAACGUUUUCCACUUUUCCAAAAGCAGUUCAGUCUUAAACUUAAUCUAGCACCGUUCACAACAAAGGCGUCGUGUUGUUAUUUCUUCUCUACAAAAAAUAAAAGAGUGUGUGUGUGAAUAAUACAAAAGAAAAUAUACAUAUUUUAUUUAAUUUUCGGUGUAACAAAGUCUUUUUUUUUAACAAAAAAAAACGAAAAAAGUUCUUCCAGCAAUAACAAAGAAAAACAAACUUACAAUUAAUAGAAUUUUAUAAACAAUACGAACUGUUUUUUCUGAAACCAUAGUAUAUCUUAACAAAAUCUCAAGUUUUAGAGAGAUUUUUAUCUGCAUUGCAACAAAGUUGGCAACACUACUACCUACAUUAUUGUUAUACGGCGAGUGUGUGAGAGUGUUGUAUUGUUGUCAUCAACGGUUUGCACAAAACGGUGUAUCAUCGUCGUGUCCUUGUUGUGUUGUUGUCUACUAAAUCAGUUUAACAAAGCCCUUCACACACACACACACAUACCGCACAGCAACAGAAAAAAUGGCCGCCUAUGCAGCAUUCAAACAUGUUGAACUUUACAAUGUGGGCAAAACCAAAAAGAGGGUUUUAAGACCUCCAGGCGGCGGCACCAGCGACAUUUUCGGAGGAGAUAUGCCACAAACUCCACGCUCAAUCAAAAAUCACAUGCAAUCAAAUAUUUUCUCUUGCGAUAAAAAAGAUGGCGUCAAAAAUAACGUACGACAAGGAGCUCACAGAUUCUAUUUCAUUGGAGAUCAACCACGUCGCGGUCAAAAGAACGUUGACUCAUAUCAACGUUUAUUCGGAGAACCCGACCGUGCAGCUACUCCAGCCAAAAAUCACAUGAAAAGCAACAUUCCAUUUGGUUCUAACAAUGAUAAUGUGAUUUCUAAUGGUAAUGGCAAUGGUCAUCAUUACAAUGGUAAAAGUGGUUCCGCAUCAUCGGCUUCAUCAUCGGUUUCUUCAUCUACCGAAAAUCUUAAAAUGAAUGGUUACUCCAAAACAGUAUAUCAUCGCAAAAUGAGUAAAAUAGAAUCUGAUUCCAAUUGCUCUUCAACGAUUUCUUCUGAGUACAAUAGUGAAAAUACUGUAACAUCUAGUGCUGGUGCUGGUAAUAUCGAUAAUAAUCUAAAAGAAAUGCUUCGUCAAGAAUCAUGCAACGUAGAAGAUAGCGGUGCUGGUGAUGUUACCAUUCAAACUCGCAAUGAUUCUGGAGGUAGCCCUGAAAACCCCAUUUCAAUGACAACAACAUUUUCUUCUCUGCCAGCAGAAGAUCAUUUGUCUGAGUAUUUCGAUGUUGGCAAUGCCGCUGCUAAAGCAGCUGCUUCAGCUCGCAAUCCCUUAACUGGCGUUGGAUUGAAUGGAGAUGGUGUGGGCGGUUGGAAACCAAUUAAACCCAAAACUCUUAGAGAUGGUAAUCCUGUCACCGGCGAAGGUUACAACAAAUCUAAUGAUUUCUCAACUCAUACUCCCAGUGUAAAUGGUGCCAAUCAGGUUAUCAACAAAAAUCGUAUUCCCCCCGGUGGUUUCUCUUCUGGUCUUUGGUAAAUUGGUCUUUUUGUAGAUGAUACUCAUAUAUCCAAGGCUAUUCCCCCUCCGCCCCCACACUCCAACUCAACUUGAGAAGUUUUCUACAGCAGCAAAACUAAAACAAAACAAGAAAAUCAAGAGCAAUCUGCAGGACAUCUAUGCAGAAAGAGGAGGGGGAAAAAGCCAAACAUAAAUAAUCUCAAAAUGCAUGUUAAGGGAAACAAUAUAACGAUGAUAAUAAUUCAAAUGAAACAAAACAACAACAAAUACACUACUAAUGCUGCAAUCAAAAGAAAAACAUCUGAAAAGAAAAAAAAAUUGAUUCAAUAAUAAUCGACUUAUUAAUAAAACAAAACAAAAUGUAAACUAGGGAUACACACAAACCGUCACAAAAAUUAUAAAGGAGAAACCAAGAAACCAAAACUUAAACUACCUAUUAUUAUGCAUAAAACAAAAGGGAAUGCCAGCUUUCCUUUAAAAAUGUACUCAUAUUAGGACUCAAAGCAUUUAACAACAUGAUGGCACAACCAACAGCAGCCAACUAUCAAACCACCCCAUCAUCAUCAACUUGUAACAAGCUGGCCAGAGAAAGUAAACUUCUAAACUCCCAUCCACUUACAAAAAGCAAAGCAACCUUUCGUUGUUUCUAACAAAGCAAAAGAAAAUCUUGUAUAACAAAAUUGUUUUUUAUGCAGUUUUUAGCAUAAAAUUUUAUAAUUUUAACUGAAACAGAAAAAUAUCAAACGAAACAAAAAAAAAGAAACAUCCAUCUUUUUGAAUAACGCUAUGUUGCUUUAAAACUAAAACAACAAAAUAAUAUCAACCAACUAAAAAGAAAUAUAAAAGGAAGCCUAUGUAAAACUUUUGCAAAAUUUUACAAAAGAAAACGAAUUUUCAUUGUAUUAUCGGUUAAUACAAUGGAAACUUAUUUUGCAAAAUAUUUUCCACUGGCAACAAACCAUUUAGUUUGCGCUUUUUUAAGUUUCCCAAACCGCAUACGGAAUUUCAAGGGCCACCAUUAAAUAAUAUCAUUAAUUAUAGACAGUUGUAGACACCUGCAAAAAGUUAGUAGUCGGUGGCUUAAAACUAUUAUAUUUAUACUUUUGUGUUUCUUAAAAAAAUUACAACAAAAAAAUUGUCAGUGUUUUGUUUCAUUAAGACCAACACCACCAUCUGCACCAUCACCACCCUAAGACCACCAGCAGCAUUUCUCUUAAACAAAAGACACCAAAAGAUCGAUCUAUCAUCAAUCAUUAAUACAUAAAUAUCUUAACCUACACCAAUGAUGCAUCAUUCAUUAUUUCCCAGAGAGAAAAAAGAAAAACAAAAUACCCACACAUUAUAAACUUCAUCAUUUAAAAUCAUUAAUUUGCUUGUAUUUCGACUAUAUUUUAAUACAAACACCCCCUUCACACUCCCACCCUUCACCCCCUAAGCAUUACUACACAUACAAUAUUUUUUAAAUAUUAUUAUAUUUCUUUAAUAUACAUACUAUAUUAUAUUAUACUGAUAAUCAUAAAAUCUUAAUUAUUACUUUUUUUACAUAAAAAAAAAGAAAAUUUUUGUAAUGAAUUUUUUAAGUUUAUGUAUACGUUUUUUUUUAAUAAUUCUCUUCCUACUUUAUUUCCACCAAAAAUCUUGCUCAUAUAUUAUCAUAUAUAUGUAUGUAUUUCCAAAUUGUUUUUGUCCAAUUAAAAUUUUUGUUUCUCUUCAAUUUUAAAUCUUAAUCUACCCUGGUUUAUGUAUCAUGUGUAACUCUUUUGCUAAUUAGUAACAAUAAUAAUUAAACAAACAAUAUUGUAUUUGUCGUCGCAUCAGUUUCGAAAACUAAAAGUAAAUAAAAACAAAGAAAACUAAAAUGUUAGGAACAACCAUUUAUAAACUCCCCCCCCCUAUAUACCCAUUUCCACUUAUCAAACAAAAACACCCCAAAAAAAAUGGAAAUUCGAACAACACUCAAUUGUAAAAAUUUAAGCAGUAAUUUAAAAUAAAAAGUUUAAUAAAACA